AUGCUGGCUGGCCCGCCCUUGGUGAUCACUGCUUCCCUUUCGAGAUACUCACUGAUCAUCCCUUUAAUCUGCAAGGUGGUGGGGUUCCUCACCACUCACCGCCCUCGAAGCCGCCUUAGGCGUAACGGAGAGGCGCGUGCGUGCGAGCAAGCUCUUACCGGCGGCGCGCACGCCUCUCCGGCCCCGCCCCCUUGCUUAGGCGCGCACGCUGCUCCGACUCCACCCUCCUGCCCAGGCGCGCACGCUUGCUGCGUCCUCGUUCUCGUUUCUUCAACCACGCCCCUUCCGUCCUUUACUCCUCACCGUCUGUGCCCGGCGGCUGCUCUUUCUGCUUCCGGGUCGAGGGUCAGGGAAAAAAUGGUGCCUCCCGUGAAUGUCUCCCCACUCAUCAAGGCGGGACGGUAUUCGGCCCUGCUCUUGGGAAUAGUCUACGGUUCGAGGCGUUAUGGCUUGGCCCCUGAUCUCACUUAUCCUGACAGCCUCUGGGUAGGAAAAGCUUAUCUAAAGCCACAGGCAGAAAAAGAACGGAAGCUAGAAGCAGAGCAAAAAAAGAAGGAGGAAGAAAUGAAGAAGGCUCAGCAGAAAUUGGAAGAAGCCCAAAGUGACUCCAUAUUCAAAUAAAAAGUGUGCUGUUUUCUUCUGCAAGAGUUGUGGUCUAAUAAAGCUUUCUAUGAUGUA